AUGGCUAAUGGGAGUCUUGAGAAAUUUUUGUAUUCGCACAACUACUUCCUGGAUACCAGGCAGAGACUAAGCAUAAUGACCCACUGUGAUCUGAAGUCUAGAAACGUCUUGCUAGAUGAGAAUAUGGUUUCCCACCUCAGCGACUUUUGCAUUUCAAAACUGCUUGGUGAAGAUCAGGGUGAUUUGUAUACUAAAAGCUUAGCAACACUGGGUUAUAUUGCACCAGCUAGAAUGUGUAAUGCAUCUUUAAAUUAA